UGGGUGUUGGCUUUUUUAGCACUAUUCAUAAAAUGUGAUAUUUGGUGUUUGGUUAAUACAUCUGGAUAUUCAUAAACGCAAGUGAAUAAAUUGUGAAUAAGUUAAAAAUUAAAAUCAUGAAUUUCAAAAUUAUUCAACGACUUAGUAUAGUUUUAAGUUAUCUAUUAGUCAUUCGAGCUAGUGUCAUCACGAACAGUAAUGAGCAGCUUGUGGUAUGCCCAAAAAUGUGCACUUGUGAUAUGAUUGAAGGACUCAGGCGUGCCGAUUGCAGCCAUGAGAACCUUAUCAGCACACACACCGAUGUCCCGGACAGUGUCGAAAUAUUGGAUUUAAGUAUCAAUAAAAUUUCUUUCGUUGAAGAUGACGAUUUUAAGACCCACGUAAGCUUGGUGAAGUUGUUUCUAUCCGACAACGCGAUACAUACAAUUUCGUUGAAUGCGUUUUCUACUUUACGAAAACUGCAGACCCUAGAUUUGUCCCAUAACCGACUGGAGCAGCUUCACGAGGAUCUCUUCGAGCACAACGAAAAACUGAUCGAUCUUAAUCUAUCGAAUAAUAACUUCAUCUCUCUGGACAGCCGGCCGCUGCUGAAGAGUUCAUCCAUCAUGUACCUUCACCUGAGCGAAUGCAAAAUUCCGCAGUUACAUGACAGUAUCUUUCACUAUCUACCGAGCCUACGCUCGGUGGAUCUAUCGAAUAACCUAAUGAUCACACUAUCGAAGGAUGUUUUCGUACCAGUAAAGAAACUUCGCAGUAUCGAUCUACAUGAAAAUCGGUGGCAAUGCGACAGUUCUUCGGUACGUAACACGAUUAGCUGGAUGAAAAAACGAGUACCUUCUAUACAUAUCGAGAAUUGCUUCUUGAACCCCCACAAACACAAACCAAAGUUCGAGAAAAUGGAACUAGACCUAGACUUUCACAAAGCCAAUCGCCAGGAAGUCGCAAUUGACCAGGUAUGGCAUAUGGCCGCAACUCCUGCCGAUUACUGGGCUUCGCUGGAGCAAAAAACAUGUGCUUUCAAUGAAAUACAAGAUCCCGCGAGUAGCGAAACUUGUGCGAAUUUCAUCGAAUGUCAAAAAAGGUACAGCGAAUUGUUCUUCGCGUACACAGAAAUGAUUGCAGCGGCUAAAGCCAAACCCGAUAGCAAUGAAGUCAUCAGAAAGGUAGCAAUCAGAAUCCUGCUCUGCGGCAUAUUCAUAGGAGCUCUUUUCGCAACAUUCAUAACCUAUUCAGUAAUGUAUCUGGUUAAAAAAUGCCGCGAAUCCCGCGAAAACGCAAGGUCUCCGCAUGCCAAAACGAUGCGUGAGCUACGGCGAGAGUUCCGCGAGAGGAACAAUUUCGAACAUUCCCGUUUGAAUGAGUCUCCCGUGGUAGGACGCUCGAGCCGACGACCCACCGGUAAUAUGUCCUCCCAAGAGCAGUCCCAAAUCUACAGCAACCAUGAAAAUACCCGCCAGUUUCUUGUGAACCUCUUUUCAAAAAGACAACCACGCUUCGUGCGCAAUAAUUCGCAAAUCGCAAACAUACAGAACCGUUAUCUGCCACCACUCCAGAUACGUAGUGAAGCCUUUCCCAGCACCGGCAACGGUGUCUCCCCGGUAGCUCCUACCAGCUCCAGCUUUAUCUGGGAGCCUUCGCACCAGAACCAAGUAAACGACGAACUAGAGCAAAUGCUGAACAGCCGACAGUCUUCGGCAUUUUCUGUUUGGAAUAACUACUACGGAAUCGAAGACCUGCGCAGGCCUGAAUCCGGCAUGGGCCUGUACGAAGUGGUUCCGGUUGUAAAUACGACACCAGCGGCUCUUAGCAGGACAGUAUCACGGGAAACUCCACCGCCACCCUAUGCCGAUUGUAGUGUUGCGUUGAAUCGAACUGACCAGCAGAGUUGAUAUUUCAAAAAUUAUUCUAAUAGAUGCGAAAGCAGCUGUGUAUUAUUUAUUUUCGACUGAUAAGUAGGUUUAUGAAUUGUGAUUAAAACUUUAAAUUUUAAAAAAUAAAGAAUACAUUGCCUGU